AGACAACUUCAUAUCAAGCCUAAGUUUGUCUGGCAUCUCUCCCUGCACAAAAGAACAAGACAAGAUGUCGCUUUUGGCGCGCCUGCAGGUGGCGCGGACACCACUUCGCUUACUUGUCGGUAACACCAAACGUCUCAACAUCCAUUCGAGCGUGUGUGAUGCGAUAAAUAGCGCGGAGCCGCUGCUGUGGAAAGGCCAUCUGCGAAAUGAAAAAGCAAGGAAUGUUUGUAAGUGCCGUGAUGACGAAGAUAAGUUUAUCAUAAACUAAAGAUGUGGGUACAUGCUAGGCCCAUGCUAGUAUUGCCUCUUGUGAUUUGAUAUUGAGUCAUGCCAUCAGACAUCUAUAUCAUAGAAGUGAUACGUUUAAAAAUGCACCUCCUUUUUUCCCGUUUCAUCAAUAAUAUAUGAGACGGCAAUUACCACUUGAGCGUCUGUUAAUAUUUUUGCUUCCGUAAAGAGGCUAUAAAGUUAUAUAGCACAAUACUAAUACAUUUAAAUAAUUAUUACUGUCAAGCUACCGAUAUGCCAGGAAGAAAAAGAGACAAUAAUUAUUUAUUUUUUGGGGAUCCAGAUGACGCGGAUGUCCACACACAGAAUGUGGAAAACGUGAAUGCUCAGAAAGUGUAAACUGAAAAGACAGUUUGGCACAAGAAGAACUCCGGUGAUCUUUCCCCUUCAUAUUGACGUGGAUUCAUGUACCACAACCGUUUUCGUGGAAAUUAUAUUUUUUAAACUUCAUUGUCAACUUGGUGGGAGAACUAUGCAUAAUUCCAUUUUCACACAUUAUCUUCUAUUUAAUAAAAAAUUGUUAUAGUUUUUCUAUUUAAAAAAAAAAAUGUCUAUUAUUAUGGGAAUGAAUACGUACAACCAAUGUCAUUAAAAAUAAUAUAUGAAUAGUUAUUUAAAUAGCCCUUCCAACCGGAACAGCUGGAUUUUUUCUUGGCCGACGCUCGAGUGGUGGAUUACCUUUGAGACACACAUUCACUCUCGUAUGAGACAAACAUCCACUCUCGUAUGAGACACACAUUCACUGUCGUAUGAGCCACACAUUCACUCUUAUAUGAAAACAUAUUUAAUCUUUUAUAUGAAAACAGUGUAUACUGACUAUUCUGGCGCCCCCUGCUGUUGGCUCCUGAGGGGUGGUAGGGUGCUCGUUUUUGAACCGGUCUAGUUUUCCCCCCACCAAUAAGCCUACCACCCUCCACCAUCGCACACACACUUGUGAUACUAACAUGGUGACUGUGAACACUAUUGAAAGCGUUUGAACUAAAACUAUAAAUACAUUGCUGAAGUUUUACGAACUGUGCCAACUUGGUUUGAAAACGGCACACCAUUAAAUUAAAUCACACACAACAAAGUAACAGUUACUGACACGUCAGGAUGAAAUCAAAAUAUGUACAUUAAAAUAAAAUAUUCUAAAUAAUUUUAAAACACUUUUGAUUUAAAAGUAACUUUAAAUCAGAUUUUGAAUGUUAAAAAUCAACAAUAUGAAAAAGAAUGCUGCAUUGACUGAAAAGUGUACGUCAUCCUCAAGCUAGAAAAGACUUGGAUGUAAAACUCAAAUGUAUUUUUGUUUUCAUAGUUGAAUUACAAUGGUUCCUUUCAGUUCGAGAUAUUGAGAUGGCGACAGUCUCACAGGUUAAAAGUGCUUGGACUCACAUACAGGCCAUUACCUUUCCAUCAACGUUCAACACUGAGCCCAAGCAAGAUGGAAAUACUGAGGUCAGUGCUGUAGAGUUCAGCAGAGCUAGGACAUUCAUAAAUUAGGAAACCAUAAUAUUAAACAUUGAGUUUAAAAACAAAAAUCUAUGAAAUUUUUAUUACUUUUUAUAUUUGGCUUCGAUUUAUUUUCCUAGUGAGACUUAAUCCGUACUAGCUAUAGCCACCCUGCCAAGGGCGUCCGCAAUAAGUGAACUUUUUAAAAUGGUUUCAUGUGAAGAUUAAUAGAAGUAAUAAAUUACGCUAGUUUGACAAAAUCAAAUGGUUUAAAUUUCUUACUAUUUUAUUAUACUAAUUAAAAAUUAAAUUUAUUAACAAAAGCCUCUAACGGUAUUUUUUUUUUUGGGGGGGGGGGGGGGGGAUGGGGGGGAGAUGGGAUGGGGAGGGGUGGUUCCCGAUUUUCAUAUGCCUCACAUUGUCUUUUCCUUAGGUCCUUAAGGCAGGACCACCUGGACACUGGAUACCGAACAUCUACCAGAAAGAGAGAUUACUGGAUGGCCUGUUUGCCUUUGGAAGUCAUAACAUCUCGGCACGUUUCAAACAAUGUCUUAGACCUUGGUCUCCAAGCUGCGCUGGAUUUCAGUUAGUUCCCGCUCGACACUACUGUAUCCCUACAAAUUUUAGAGUAUGUUACUUAUGCUGCAGUAUUUGGUUACAGCUACAUGCAGUGGCGUGGGAAGGGGUGGGCGGAGGGGGUGAUCCGCCCUCGGUGGAAUAUAUUUUCUUUAUACUGACGAGCGCAUUUUCGACCAUCUGUGGCUUUCUUUUCCCGUAGAUAUUGGCGUCAAAAAGCAAACCCCGAUCCUGGCGGGACUCACCCUAGCUAAGCCCGCCCCUAACGGGACUCACCCUAGCUAAGCCCGCCCCUAACGGGACUCACCCUAGCUAAGCCCGCCCCUAACGGGACUCACCCUAGCUAAGCCCGCCCCUAACGGGACUCACCCUAGCUAAGCCCGCCCCUAACGGGACUCACCCUAGCUAAGCCCGCCCCUAACGGGACUCACCCUAGCUAAGCCCGCCCCUAACGGGACUCACCCUAGCUAAGCCCGCCCCUAACGGGACUCACCCUAGCUAAGCCCGCCCCUAACGGGACUCACCCUAGCUAAGCCCGCCCCUAACGGGACUCACCCUAGCUAAGCCCGCCCCUAACGGGACUCACCCUAGCUAAGCCCGCCCCUAACGGGACUCACCCUAGCUAAGCCCGCCCCUAACGGGACUCACCCUAGCUAAGCCCGCCCCUAACGGGACUCACCCUAGCUAAGCCCGCCCCUAACGGGACUCACCCUAGCUAAGCCCGCCCCUAACGGGACUCACCCUAGCUAAGCCCGCCCCUAACGGGACUCACCCUAGCUAAGCCCGCCCCUAACGGGACUCACCCUAGCUAAGCCCGCCCCUAACGGGACUCACCCUAGCUAAGCCCGCCCCUAACGGGACUCACCCUAGCUAAGCCCGCCCCUAACGGGACUCACCCUAGCUAAGCCCGCCCCUAACGGGACUCACCCUAGCUAAGCCCGCCCCUAACGGGACUCACCCUAGCUAAACCCGCCCCUGGCGGGAAUCACCGUAUCUAAGCCACCCUCCCCUGACGGGACUCACCCAAGCUAAGCCCACUCUUGACGGGACUCACCCAAGCUAAGCCCGCUCCUGACGGGACUCACCCAAGCUAAGCCCGCUCCUGACGGGACUCACCCAAGCUAAGCCCGCUCCUGACUGAACUCACCCAAGCUAAGCCCNNNNAAGCCCGCUCCUGACUGAACUCCCCCAAGCUAAGCCCCCCCCCCCCGACGGGACUCACCCAACCUAAGCCCGCCCCUGACGGGACUCACCCAACCUAAGCCCGACCCUAACGGGACUCACCCAAGCUAAGCCCCCCUCCCCUGAUGGGACUCACCCUAGCUAAGUCCAACCCGGACGGGACUCACCCAAGCUAAGCCCGCCCCUGACGCGACUCACCCAAGCAAAGCCCUGGGUACUGGUAUAAGUGAAAUAUUACUUGAAAAUAUGUGAACUUAUUUGGUUGUGUAGUGUAAAGCAUGCAAAUACAUUGGUCAACAAUUAUGAGAAGUUGUAUUGAGAUUUGAUUGACGAUGUAGAGAAGGACUUAGGGAGGCGGAUAGCUAUGGAUCGAUCCGAACGGAUUGAUGUCGAGGCGCAGGCCAGGACCCUAAAUGUUCUGCAGCGCCACUGAUGAUGAUGUGUCAGUAGCGGCGUCACUAGAGGGGUUAGGGGGUGACGCCGCAGUGAAAACAGCGAAUUCUUCAUUUCAUUCCGUCAAUACUUGAGAGGUAAAUUUUGUAAAAAAUGUAUAACUGAGUUUUGUUGUUUUUUUUUUGAAGCCCUUCCCAUUGCCAAGUGAUCCACUUGGAAAUACAUUUGCUAUGGAUCUGGGACCGGACGAUCAGCUCAAGUUACAGAAAAUAGCAUACCAAGAACUGAAAACGCAUCUAAAAAAACACAAAGUUUCAUAUAAAAAACGCAGCAAGGUUGAUGAACAAGGCAACUGUAAGAUAACGUUGUGUUGAAGUGUUGAAAUAAAUUAUAGAAUUUGCAUUGAUCAUGUUGACUGACACCGUUAGACUGACAGCAUCUAUUGUGUGACAGGCACACCGUUAGGCUGACAGCAUCUAUUGUGUGACAGGCACACCGUUAAACUGACAGCAUCUAUUGUGUGACGGGCCCACCGUUAGACUGACAGCAUCUAUUGUGUGACAGGCACACCGUUAGGCUGACAGCAUCUAUUGUGUGACGGGCCCACCGUUAGACUGACAGCAUCUAUUGUGUGACAGGCCCACCGUUAGGCUGACAGCAUCUAUUGUGUGACAGGCCCACCGUUAGGCUGACAGCAUCUAUUGUGUGACAGGCCCACCGUUAGACUGACAACAUCUAUUGUGUGACGGGCCCACCGUUAGACUGACAGCAUCUAUUGUGUGACAGGCCCACCGUUAGACUGACAGCAUCUAUUGGGUGACGGGCCCACCGUUAGACUGACAGCAUCUAUUGUGUGACAGGCCCACCGUUAGGCUGACAGCAUCUAUUGUGUGACGGGCCCACCGUUAGGCUGACAGCAUCUAUUGUGUGACGGGCCCACCGUUAGACUGACAGCAUCUAUUGUGUGACAGGCCCACCGUUAGACUGACAGCAUCUAUUGUGUGACGGGCCCACCGUUAGACUGACAGCAUCAAAUGUGUGACAGGCCCACCGUUAGACUGACAGCAUCUAUUGUGUGACAGGCACACCGUUAGACUGACAGCAUCUAUUGUGUGACAGGCACACCGUUAGACUUACGACAUCAAUUGCUAUUGUUGUUAUAACGUAAUGAUAUGUAAAAUAUUAAGUGAAAUAAAAAGAAAAGAGUAAAAAAAAAAUCAUUUUUCUAAUUAAAUGUAUUACGCCAACAUGGGCGACCCCCUAAUCCCUUAACCCUAACCCCAACCCCACCCCCUUCAAAAUCAGUUUUAACGCUCCAAUGAUUACACGAAAUGAAAGUCCUGAUAACUGAGCUCAAUGAGAUUCUUGAAAUACCGCACCUGCNCCCCCCCCAAGAAAGUUUUCUGCGGGUGCCCAUGUACGCCACCCUACUUAAAAUACGCGCGCAACUAAAAAGGAACAUUGAUGAUAAACCAUCUGAACGGAUAAAUAUUAAGUCUAUUGUACUUGAUAUAAAAAGUUGAACCUUGCUAAAUUUAACUUACUUAUAAAAAUUUCAAGUUUCUUAUGAUUUUUUUUUUUUUUACAAUUAAAAACAAAUGUAUUUGUAAUGUAAUGUAAUGUAAUUACAUUUUCCGAUAUGAUUAUUAUAUACUAUCAGUCCCCAAAAUCCCUCUUUGUAAUGAACAUUUGAUAAGCAUAAGUGAUUGUUUUAAACAACGCUCAAUACUAUUGGGUGCCGUCCAUGGCUAGACAGUGGUCAAUAGUACUUGGGUGGCUGCCGUCCAUGGCUAGACAGGGGUCAAUAGUACUUUGGUGGGUGCGUCCAUGGCUAGACAGGGGUCAAUAGUACUUGGGUGGGUGCCGUCCAUGGCUAGAAAAUGCUCAAAAGUACUUAGGUGGGUGCUGUCCAUGGCUAGAAAGGGGUCAAUAGUACUUGGGUGGGUGCUGUCCAUGGCUAGAAAGGGGUCAAUAGUACUUGGGUGGGUGCUGUCCAUGGCUAGAAAGGGGUCAAUAGUACUUGCGUGGGUUCCGUCCAUGGCUAGAAAGGGGUCAAUAGUACUUGGGUGGGUGCUGUCCAUGGCUAGAAAGGGGUCAAUAGUACUUGCGUGGGUGCCGUCCAUGGCUAAGUUUUUAUGCGAAGCCCCGUGAGCCUUGCCUACUAAUGCUAUUUUAUCAGUACACUAGAAAUCUUAAACUUGGUCGCUAACAGAUUGAAGGAUGACCCAAUGAGCAAAUAGUGUGUGAUCCAACACAUGUGCUGUAUCAACACAGGCAUUACGACACACACACAUACACACACACGCGUUACCAUUCAACGUCAAGUUACGACACAAUGACAAGUUAUGACACAAUGACAAAUUUUGACACAAUGACAAGUUACGACACAAUCACAAGUUAUGACAAAAUGACAAGUUUUGACACAAUGACAAGUUAUGACACAAUGACAAGUUUUUACACAAUGACAAGUUAUGGCACAAUGACAAGUUACGACACAAUGACAAGUUACGACACAAUGACAAGUUUUGACACAAUGAAAAUUUAUGACACUCUCAGACACGCUAUGAAAUAAUGACAAGUUACGAAAUAAAGACAAGUUAUGACACAAUGAAAAGUUAUGACACAGUGACAAGUUAUAACACAAUGAAAAGUUUUGACACUAUGACAAGUUAAGACACAAAGACAAAUUAUGACACAAUGACAAGUUUUGACACAAUGACAAGUUAUGGCAAAAUGACAAGUUACGACACAAUGACAAGUUAUGACACAAUGACAAGUUUUGAUACAAUGACAAUUUAUGACACUCACAGACACGCUAUGAAAUAAUGACAAGUUAUAACACAAAGACAAGUUAUGACACAGUGACAAGUUAUGACACAAUUACAAAUAAUGACACAAUGACAAGUGAUUGCAAAUUAUGACACAAUACGUAAGCUUAAACAAAACACACAUGUUAGGACAAAACAACAAAUCAUGACACAGUAAACACGCGAUGACAUAACAGACACGCUAUGACACAGCACAGAUGUAAUGACACAAUAAACAGAGACUAAUUGCUUAAGUUUAUGACACUAGACACAAGUUUAAGACACUAAACACAAGUUUAAGACACUAGACACAAGUUUAAGACACUAGACACAAGUUUAAGACACUAUAGACACAAGUUUAAGACACUAGACACACGUUUAAGGAAAAGAAACCCACCUUAAAACACAGGAUGCAACCUGUCACACAACAAACACUUAUUUGAUUUAUAACACAAUGCACAAGCUCUAACACAGCACCAACGGCCAACACAUUUAAUGUAUAACACACUAUAUUACUCAACACUUCAUUGGUAGCAUUAUUUCUCAUCAUCUUUUCAGCCAUAUCAAUCCUGGGAACAUCUUUAGAUUUUGAGGCAGCCAAAGAUUUAAAGGACAACAGAAUUACAAGAGAUCUCCAAGUUCCAAACUUGUUAUAUUUGGUAUAAAGAAAUAGAGGUUUAAUUCUAACAUUGGUAUAAAGCAGGGGUCUCAAACUCGCGGCCCGCGGACCAUUUGCGGCCCGCAAGACGAUGAUAUUUUGCGGCCCGCUACCUGACAGCAAGGUUCAGUGUUAAUGCGGCCCGCGCGUUUUCUCCAUUUCUCAUAUCUAUAACGUGACCCUCCGCGACAGUUUCAGUGGAAUCUCACCUACUAGUCUAAUUCUGAUUUUAAUUAUGGUUGUAUAGAUUUGGACGUUGGUUAUAAUGGUUAACAAUCUCACCUACUAGUCUAAUUCUGAUUUUAAUGAUGGUUGUAUAGAUUUGGACGUUAGCUAUAAUGGUUAAAACCGUUUUAAAAUCGGAAUAAAAGUGUUUAUUUUAUAGAGACAUUUAAUGAGACAAAAAGUUUUAAAAGUCAUUUAGUGGAUAAGGCAUAACUAUGGACAACCAUAGUUGUGUAAAUUGUAGCAAUCUUACACAGUAUCAAAGAAUCCGUAAUAAAAUUGCCGCAAGUGUUUACGAGUGAGGGAAAUUCCGAGCUGGGUCACUUUCAAAAUAGUGCUAGUCAAAAAGGCCUUUUCUAAGAUUAAAAAUAAAAACUCAUUCUCCCUACAAUAGCAUCUUCCUUCGCAUCAAUAAUACAUCAAUAUUGCCUGCCCCUGCCUACACCUGCCUACUGCUUGUACAUGUUUUUGCCUUCAAAGCCUUCAUUGAGAAGGAUGGAAUGGUUGUUUCUGUACAAAGUGAUCCCUAAAUGGCUCAUGGACCUGGCUUUUCUUGUUGACAUUACAGAGAGGCUGAAUGUAAUCAACAAGAAGUUACAAGACCAGGGAUAGUUUGUCAGUGUUGCCUAUGACAAUGUCAGGGCAUUCUGAACACAAUUUGUGUUAUGGUUCUAAAAGAAAACUCUGCCAUUUCGCAACAUGCAAAAUACUCAUGGACUCGGGCACACCAUUCAGUAGUAGGUCUACUGAUGCCAUUGCAAAGCUACAGGAAGAAUUUGAUCAAAUGUUUGCAGACCUUAAAACACACAGAGCCACGUUUAAAAUUUUUGCUAACCCUUUCUCCUUUAAUGUGGAAGAUGCCCCCUUUCCCUUUUUGUGUGAUCCAAGCAGAGCUGAUUGAUCUUCAGUGCAAUUCUGAACUCAAGACUAAGUUCAGGGAGGUGAAUGGAAAAAAAGACAAGCAUUGACAAUUUAUGAGAGCAUUGCCCUCCACCUUCCCUGAUAUUUCGAGGUUGUUCAAGCGGAUUAUGUGCCUUUUUUUGGGAGUACCUAUCUGUUUGAAAGUUUUUGCACUAUGAACUUUAACAAUUAACUUACAGUUGAGCAUCUUCAAGCUAUACCGAGCGUCUCAGUUGCUUCCUCACUCAACCCAAGUGUUGCUCAGCAGUGUAAGAAGAGGGAGUAGGAAGAAGAAUGUUCUUGAAAACCGUUAAUAUUUUUAUUUGUUAUAAAUCAAGGUUGAGCAGAUAGUAACAGUCGUACUUUAUUGAAUUUGUAAUCGCCUAUUUGUGGAAUACUUGGUGCGACCCAGUCUCACUCAGACUCCCCCGGAUGAUUUGAGUUUGAUACCCCUGGUUAUAAAGAAAUACAGGUUCCAUUCUAACAUUUGUAUAAAGAAAUAUAGGUUUAAUUAUAACAAAAAAUAUUAAUUUACUUUCUACUGCAACCAAGGACAUUAGUAAUGUAGUUACAUCCUUGACUUUACUUUAACUAGCAGUACUUACGGUGAAAUUGUGUUACAUUGUGUGUUGUUUAAGUUGCAUGAUACAAGGGAACUCACCCCCACACUUCUUUUUUCACGUUCCUCUCCCCUGCCCUAUGCAUUGCUCUGCUAUCUCCAAGGAAAAUAUUUAACAUAAUUUGUAGAUGAAAUAUGAUAAAUUUAUAAGUCUGUAGUCCCAUUAAACUGCUAUGUGAACAGUCUAUUGUCCCAGUAGACUGAUUUGUGGUCUAUAAGUCUAUACAAGUUAAACACUUACUUUCUAUUUCUUGUCGUAUUUUCAUUUGUCCUGUAUAUUGGGGGAGGCUCUUAGCCGAAUCGUUCUUAUUCUAUUGUGCCGUCUUUCGUUUGAAGCUUUCACAUAUCUUGUCCUAAUAUUCCCUUCCACAUAUCUUGUCCUAAUAUUCCCUUCCACAUAUCUUGUCCUAAUAUUCCCUUCCACAUAUCUUGUCCUAAUAUUCCCUUCCACAUAUCUUGUCCUAAUAUUCCCUUCCACAUAUCUUGUCCUAAUAUUCCCUUCCACAUAUCUUGUCCUAAUAUUCCCUUCCACAUAUCUUGUCCUAAUAUUCCCUUCCACAUAUCUUGUCCUAAUAUUCCCUUCCACAUAUCUUGUCCUAAUAUUCCCUUCCACAUAUCUUGUCCUAAUAUUCCCUUUCACACAGCUUGAUCCCAGUCCUAUAAUUAUCUGUUAUCCUCACGGCUCAAAGCUGGUAAUGGACACACAAAAGUGAUUUGGGUGGGUGGGUCUUUUGAUGCUGAUCAGGUUGCCAAAAAUACUUUAUAGUUAAUGUAAUUAUUGUUCCUCUUAUUAUUUAUGUUCAACUUUUCUACUUACCCAUCAGAUGCUGGACUACAUUAAGGAGAAAGGGAUGACCAAAAAGAAAGUGUUUGCUGUGACGGGACAUGGUGAAAGGAUCAAGGUCCAAGCAGCCCAUUCUGUCCUAUAGAUUUUAAAUUAUUUUUUAGAAUUUGACCUUAAAUGUUACUGUGAAGAUAAUGCUUAGAUAUAUUUCUAUUUAAGAAAAUGUAGAUUCUUUUACGAGUAAAAGCUGAUUAAAUCACUAUCAUGAAUAAGUUUGUUAGCGAUUUUAGUUGCUCUUUGAUAUUAAGUCUUUUAAAACUAAGCAAACCUCACUCCAAAAAGUCAUCUUAAUCAGCUUAAACUGUCAUUUAAUUUUUAAGUCGUAUGUCAUUAUUAUAAACUUUAAUCAAUUUAAACAUUAUCGAUUUUUAUGGAUGUAGCAUUAUUUGACAGUGUGUUUCCUGAUACCCCAUUGUCCGGCGUUAUGUAUGUCAAUACCCACAAUUAUUUAACCAAUGUAUUUUAUAUACUAAGUACUUAAAAUAAACAGCUUCACAUCACAAUUUGUCAGGGGCAGAAACAAAUUGUUUGAUAUCACAAUGUGUCAGGGGCAGAAACAAAUUGUUUGAUAUCACAAUACGUCAGGGGCAGAAACAAAUUGUUUGAUAUCACAAUGUGUCAGGGGCAGAAACAAAUUGUUUGAUGUCACAAUACGUCAGGGGCAGAAACAAAUUGUUUGAUAUCACAAUGUGUCAGGGGCAGAAACGAAUUGUUUGAUGUCACAAUACGUCAGGGGCAGAAACAAAUUGUUUGAUGUCACAAUACGUCAGGGGCAUAAACGAAUUGUUUGAUGUCACAAUACGUCAGGGGCAGAAACGAAUUGUUUGAUGUCACAAUACGUCAGGGGCAGAAACGAAAUGUUUUGUAUCAAACAAAUUGUUUUCCAAUGUUUUUUUGUUUCAAAUAUUUGCCUUAGGCUUUGAUGGUAAAGAUGCGGCAGGAAAAGGAUCGUCCGGACUUUACCAUACCACCAGGCACCAGUGCUCAUGACGUAGCAACCAUUGCCUUAGGAUACCUCACUAACCUGCCCGUGCCUCUUAUGGCAAGUGAGAAAAUCGAUGUGUACCCCAAUUUACAAAGUGAGUUGAUUAUAAACUAACAGGAUACGAAAUCGUGGCUACUGUUUAAAUAGGACAAAAAAUAGUUACAAUUCAGGUAGUUAUUGGUGAGGGACAUUUUUCGAACUUACCAAUUAACGCAAAUUGUUGUUGUCCUGAUUAAAAUUAAUAGACCUGUUGCCGAUCUCUGGAAUAAUCUAGUCAUACAAUCUCUGAAAUAAUCUAUUCAUAUAAUCUCUGAAAUAAUAUAGUCAUAUAAUCUCUGAAAUAAUAUAGUCAUAUAAUCUCUGGAAUAAUCUAGUCAUACAAUCUCUGAAAUAAUCUAUUCAUAUAAUCUCUGAAAUAAUCUAGUCAUAUAAUCUCUGAAAUAAUAUAGUCAUAUAAUCUCUGAAAGAAUAUAGUCAUAUAAUCUUUGAAAGAAUCUAGUCAUGUAAUCUCUGAAAUAAUCUAGUCAUAUAAUCUCUGAAAUAAUCUAAUGUUAAUUCUUGCCCUCAGACUUAAAUUUUAUUCCACACCAAGUUCGGGCGUUGAAUUUGUUUAUUCUUUCAAUGAGUCAGCCACACAGAGACACAUUACAUGUAAGUAGAGCCAGCCACACAGAGACACAUUAUAUGUAAGUAGGGCCAGCCCCACAGAGACACAUUACAUGUAAGUAGAGCCAGCCACAUAGAGACACAUUGCAUGUAAGUAGAGCCAGCCACACAGAGACACAUUACAUGUAAUUAGAGCCAGCCACAUAGAGACACAUUACAUGUAAGUAGAACCAGCCCCCACAGAGACACAUUACAUGUAAGUAGAGCCAGGCACAUAGAGACACAUUACAUGUAAGUAGAGCCAGCCACAUAGAGACACAUUACAUGUAAGUAGAGCCAGCCACAUAGAGACACAUUACAUGGAAGUAGAACCAGCCCCACAGAGACACAUUACAUGUAAGUAGAGCCAGCCACACAGAGACACAUUACAUGUAAGUAGAGCCAGGCCAGAGACAAAUUUUGACUUGUUUAAGAUAGGCAGCAGCCAGAAACUAUUUGAAGCGUCUAGGCCAGUGGUUCUUAACCUGAGUUCGAUUGAGUCAGUUGAGUGCGGUGGGUCAGUCUCAGGGAAUUGGUGGAGGUCCAAAAAAAAAAAAAAAUCAUAUUUUAUGUUUCCUAUUAAGAAGAGUUUGUUGAAUGCUCAUAGAAAACUGAUGGGGUUCAGUACCUCCAAAAUGGUUAAGAACCACUGUUCUAGACCAUAUAUGAGUCUACUAGACCCAAUAUGAACCUACUAGACCCUAUAUGAAGCAGCUAGACCCCAUAUGAACCUACUAGGCCAUAUAUGAAGCAGCUAGACCCCAUAUGAACCUACUAGGCCAUAUAUGAAGCAGCUAGACCCCAUAUGAACCUACUAGGCGCUAUAUGAAGCAGCUAGAUCCCAUAUGAACCUACUAGGCCAUAUAUGAAACAGCUAGACCCCAUAUGAACCUACUAUGCCAUAUAUGAAGCAGCUAGACCCCAUAUGAACCUACUAGACCAUAUAUGAAGCAGCUAGACCCCAUAUGAACCUACUAGGCCAUAUAUGAAGCAGCUAGACCCCAUAUGAACCUACUAGGCCAUAUAUGAAGCAGCUAGAUCCCAUAUGAACCUACUAGGCCAUAUAUGAAGCAGCUAGACCCCAUAUGAACCUACUAGGCAAUAUAUAUGAAGCAGCUAGACCCCAUAUGAACCUACUAGGCCAUAAAUGAAGCAGCUAGAUCCUAUAUGAACCUACUAGACCAUAUAUGAAGCAGCUAUUAUAAACUUUUUUUAUGCUAUGGUAAUAUUGUAUCUGUAUUUUUGUAUGUAUUUAGUUGCUUUUAAUUUUAAAUAAAAUAAAAAAGGUACAUUUGUAUCCUCCAUUGACUUAAUAUUGAUCAAGCCCUUACCUUGUUGACAUUUUAAGUGGACAUCUUCUUCCUCUAUAUCUUAAGGGCCCACGAUCAAUUUAUUGAUCAUUUUGGCUCCUAAGCAUGUAGAUGGGAUUUGCAAUGUUUCUGUUCCUGGUGUUGAUGAGGAAAUUUCACAGAUUUCCAUUGCCACUUUGUGAGGGAAUCAUGCACUGGGGGUUUGAAGGCUUGAGGCAAUAGACACAAAUGUGUCUAGUGUUGUUGCCUCAACCGUUCCUUUGGAAAAAUUGUUCCAUCUAAACAUGAAUGCCACAUGAGCAUGAGUUUGGAAGUCCCACUUGCACACUCUAUUUGAUUUAAUGAGAGGUUAUCUUAGUACAAACUCUCUUUCCAUUUUCUAUUCAUUAUUUCGCACGAUUCAAGAAAGGGAUGCUUGAAACGUCUUCUUUUCACAACCAGAUGCUACUCACUACAUUAUACGAACUGAUACGGAACCAACCAACUACACAACUCGACAUUGAAACCGUGGCAACGAUUUUUGGAGUAAAUAUUUUUAGAUUGUCUCAGAAGGCAAGUCAAGUGGAUGUGGCCUUGAGAAAUGUUGAUUGGGUUUACCUGACCAAGGCCAUGAUCAACAACCAUAAGACGAUCUUCCAUGUAAGGUGUUCUUCCAUUAAAUGUUAUAUUUUUUCAUGGUGCAAAUUUAGACGUUAGCACUUAAACCCCGGUCCACUACAUUCAAUGUUAGGAUGGAACACCCAUUCAUGUUAUUAACGGCCUUUCACCGUGAUUAACUAACUUUCCUUGUAAUUAACCACUUUUCACUGUAAUUAACCCUCUUUAACCGUCAUUAACCAUGUUUCAUUGUAUUUAACAAUCUUUAACCGUAAUUAGCCAUCUUUAACAGUAAUUAACCACCUUCCUUGUAAUUAACCACCUUUCCUUGUAAUUAACCACCUUUCCUUGUAUUUAACCACCUUUCCUUGUAAUUAACCACCUUUCUUUGUAUUUAACCACCUUUCAUCGUAAUUAACCACCUUUCCUUGUAAUUGACCAUCUUUCUUUUUAUUUAACCACCUUUCAUCGUAAUUAACCACCUUUCCUUGUAAUUAACCACCUUUCUUUGUAUUUAACCACCUUGCCUUGUAAUUAACCACCUUUCCUUGUAAUUAACCACCUUUCCUUGUAAUUAACCACCUUUCCUUGUAAUUAACCACCUUUCCUUGUAAUUAACCACCUUUCCUUGUAAUUAACCACCUUUCAUUUUAAUUAACCACAUUUCACCGUAAUUAACCAUCUUUAACCGUAAUUAACCAUGUUUCAUUGUAUUUAACCACCUUUCCUUGUAAUUAACCACCUUCCACCGUAAUUAACCAGCUUCCACCGUAAUUAACCACCUUUCACCGUGCACACAUUACACCAUGAGGAUAGCUGUAGAAAUUCCGUGUCUUUCGUCCAAACUCUUAGGACCAUUCCUUAGACAUUGACUUCUUCUCGAUACUAUAUGUGGGUCAGCCAUCUCGCCACUUCCUCCAUGUCUUUCCUAGUUACCAAACUUCCACAAAUAUAAAUUGGAUUUAUCUCCCAAACCUAUUAACAUAAAAAGAAUAUGUUACAAUUGUACAUAAAAGUUUGUGUCAAGAGUAGCAAUACAGUAUUAUAGCGUUUGUGUCAAUAGUAGCAAUACAGCAUUAUGAAGUAUGUGUCAAGAGUAGCCAUACAGCAUUAUGAGUAUGUGUCAAGAGUAGCAAUACAGCAUUAUAGAGUCUGUGUCAAAAUAGCAAUACAGCAUUAUGAAGUAUGUGUCAAGAGUAGCAAUACAGCAUUAUGAAGUAUGUGUCAAGAGUAGCAAUACAGCAUUAUGAAGUAUGUGUCAAGAGUAGCCAUAGAGCAUUAUGAGUAUGUGUUAAGAGUAGCAAUACAGCAUUAUAGAGUAUGUGUCAAGAGUAGCCAUACAGCAUUAUAGAGUUUGUGUCAAGAGUAGCAAUACAGCAUUAUAGAGUAUGUGUCAAGAGUAGCAAUACAGCGGCGAAAGCACCAGGCCCAGACAAAGUUCACAAUGAAAUGUUAACCCACCUGGGUAAACUGGGGAGAGAACUUCUGCUGGCUCUCAUUAACCGAACUUGGACUACAGGUAUUUUACCGAAAGUGUGGAAGCAGGCCAUAGUGGUUCCCGUACCAAAGGAGGGAAAACCAGGCCAUUUACCAAGUAGCUACAGGCCAAUAUCGCUAACGUCCUGAGUGGGUAAAGUGGCCGAGCGAAUGGUAAAUGGACGACUCUACUGGUUUUUGGAGAGUAAAAAGCACCUACCACCGACGCAAGGUGGCUUCCGUAAGGGCAGGCAGCCCAUGGACCAGGUGAUCCGUCUUGUUCAGUCCAUGACCAAUGAACUUCAGAAGAAAAAUCAUUCAUUGGCAAUUUUCUUUGACCUCAAGCAAGCAUAUGACCGCGUGUGGCGCGUAGGCCUCAUGUACAAAUUCCAGAAAUUGGGAAUCACUGGAAACAUGUCCGGGUGGGUGACGGACUUUCUCAAGGACAGGUAUAUUGUCACACGGGUUGGCAAUAGUCUAUCGAAGCGGCUUGCUCUAGAGGACGGACUCCCCCAGGGGUCUGCCCUCAGCUGCACCUUGUUCUUGGCCUAUGUCUAUGACUUGCAAGAGGGCUUAGUGUCCGAUAAUGCCAUGUUCGCUGAUGAUUUAGUAAUCUGGACUUCUGGGCCAAACAUCAACCAUUUGCAGAACCGGCUGCAAAAUGAUCUCCAUAGCAUCGAGGACUAUGCGAGACGGUGGAAAAUGGUUGUGAACACUGAGAAGACGGUUUACUCUAGGUUUAUCAAUGGAAGAAAGGUGCUUGAGGCCGAUAUUAAACUCUCCAUAAAUGGGACAGAUUUGGUAUGGGACAGGACUCCAGUGUACCUUGGGAUUAAGUUGGACCAGAAGCUCCGACUCCAUCACCAUGUUCACGAACUGUGCGCCAAAGCUUCACAAAAACUUGGUUUGGUGAAAAAGCUGGCUUGUACCAGAUGGGGUGCAGAUGCAAGUCUGUUGAGGUCGCUCUACCUCAGCAGUGUGAGAGGAACAAUUGACUACAGUUUGCCCGUCCUAGCCUUCGCAAGCCAUACGGCUUUAGAGGAACUGGACCGCAUCCAAAACCGUGCUCUAAGGUUUGCAUGCGGGGCAAUACGGACCACACCCACGGCGGCGGUGGAGAUCAUUUCCAAUGUCGAACCGCUCGAGGUCAGGCGAGAGAAGGCUGUCCUUGCGACGGUAGAGCGUUACCGCCGCAUGGACAGAAAGGAUCCCUGUUUCAAAUUGCAAGACGAAUGGGAGAAAAAGUCCAGAUUGAAGCGACCAUCCUUCAUGGACAUGGUUCACAGUCUUGAAAAAGACGUUAUUCUGCCCAGAAACAGGGAAAAAGUGAAAGUGAUCCCCGCGCGGGGGCCACACAAUAGCCUUCCCCUACCAGACAUUCGACUGGAAAUGGUUGAUGCCAAAGCCAGCGAAGGCAGUCCUCAAUUAGACCCAUCAGAGGCUGUACGGCGCACGAUUAAAGCCUAUCCGAAUAGCUUGGUUAAAGUCUUUACAGACGGCUCAUGUUUCACGGAGGAAAAGCGUAGCGGCUACGGUGUCCUCAUCCAGUAUCCCGCAGAGAUAGCCCCACCCGAGGAGCUAUCAGGCCCAUGCGGUAGGAAUGCAACGAUCCUCGAUGCGGAAAUUGAGGCGAUACUGGUAGCUCUCAAGAGGUUGAACCAACGGCUAGCUAAACGAAAGUCCUUCCCGGACGUUGUGGUCUUCACCGACUCUCGUUCUGCUCUCGAACUCAUGGGGGAGAGAUCGGUGGGCUCGACAAAGAUCACUGCCAUUUUGGAGACAGUAGGCUCCAUCCAUGCACAUGGCCCCAAGGUAGUCUUCCAGCUUAUCACUUCGCGCUUAGAGGCGUCGCUUCCCGACAGGGCCGAUUUCUUAGCCCAAGAAGGCGCAGCCCUACCUCAACCAGACAAACCCAUGACCCAGCUCGGAGUCACUGCCUGGUUGAAAGACCAUUUCAGGAGAAAAUGGCUUGGAAAGUGGGACACGGCCACUACUGGACGACAGUUUUACCAGGAAUUUCAGCGGCCGAGCAAAAGCGACCCAUGGUGGAAGCUUAGUCGUGGAGAACAAAGCCUUAUCACACAGAUGAGAACUUGGCACUGCGCUACGCGCAGUUAUCUCCACCGACUCGAUAACAGAAGGGAACUUUUGUGCCGAUUAUGUGGACUUGAAGAGGAGACAGUAGCCCACUUGGUUGUCACGUGUCCGGACAGUGGGACGGGGGCCGACGGUAGGAAUCCGGAAGCCUGCCUUAAUGAUCUCCUUUACGGAAGCGCCCAGCAGAUGAGGCGCGCCGUAAAAAUCAUGUCCAGGGUCCUAAGAGAUUGAAUCUCGACCCUUUUGAGUAUUAAUCUUUAUAAGCAAUACAGCAUUAUAUAGUAUGUGUCAAGAGUAGUAAUACUGAAACUCCCGCAACUUGAAACGUGUUCCCGAUAGUUAAAAGGAGAUAUUUGGACAGUUUGAAUUGGAAAUGGACGGAAAAGUAUUCACAGUUGACUAUUAUCUUUGCUCAUACGUCAUAGGUCAUAGGUCACUGGUCGUGAAUGGGGGACUACGUUUUAAAAAAAUAACUUUUUAGUAGACAUAAUUACUCUGAGAAAGACACGUUUUUUAAUGUCAUUAAAGUAAUUGACCUUUAAUGUCAUAGAAAUAGCUGACCUUAAUGUUAUUAAAAUACGUGUAGUUUAUUAGCGUCGAAAUCAUCAUUUUCAUCAUUGUUAUUUUUUUUUCUCUAGGUUGAGCCUGACUUGAUGCUUCAACUCAGAUCUGAUGCUAAGGAAAAGGGCGGUGUAAGUAAACAGAUGAAAAGUGGGGAGUGUUGUGUUGAAAAUGGUUGCUGUGAAAAAGGGGAGCGUGGUCUUGAAAAUGGUUGCUGUGUGUACAUUUUAUUUAAAACGUACUAUCAAAGAUUGCUGUCUUGAUGACUCAAUCAAUAUCUAAGAUUAUUUCCCCAACAAAUGUGUUCGUUUGACCCUAUCCCCAGUUUCUCUCGGGUCUACGUAAGAAGAAGGACAAAGCUGCCGGAGGACCCCCACCGGUAAGACGAUUAACGCUUUAAUUCAUAAGUUACAGAAGUCGAUAUUUAGCUUUGCAACUUGCAUGCAAGAUUCACUCACAAUUAUUAACAUUUUAAACAAAUAUUUAAAAAAGAAAAUAUUUACUAAUAAAAUAAAGGCUUGCAGUGGUAGUCACGUAUGUACAAGUAAGAUUAGAAACUAUUUAAAAGACCCUUAACUCUCAAUUCAGGAUUUGAGGUAAAAAAACAGCAAGUAUUGUUGGGGCGAAGGGGUGGUCAGUUGUGGAAUUUUGAAGUAUUGAAUUUCAGAAUAGUACCUUGUCAAUGACUUUAUUGAAUCUUUUAAAGGAAUUGAAUGGGCACUGUGUGCUUGUUUGCGUGACCAAUUAAUAUUGAGACAGAGAAUGCGUUUAUAAUCCUUCUUAUAUAUUUAAAAUGAUUUGUGAUAUUAGGACUCCCUACAAAACAUGUUAUCAUUAUAGUAAUGGAGGACUCGGUCAAGUUAUAAAACAGAACCAACUAAGUUUUGUUUGAAUGAUUUUACUACAAUCUGUCGUUUUCAUGAACAAACAGCCUGUUCCAAACACUAUGAACUUGAAAGUAUCGGCACCUUCGCUCCCAAGGACUGCCCUCACCUUGGCAUUCACACCUCAAACAAAGGCUGAGGAUGUUGUCCACACUUACCUUGGAAUCUGCAAGUAAGUUACUGAUUGGAUGUAUAAACAUUCAAGUAAGUGAUUGAUUCUCAUCUUUAAGUUCAUCUCACUACUCCAAAGUUCAUCUCACUACUCCAAAGUUCAUCUAAAUGCUCAAAAGUUCAUCUCAAUACUCCAAAGUUCAUCUCAAUACUCCAAAGUUCAUCUCAAUACUCCAAAGUUCAUCUCAAUACUCCAAAGUUCAUCUCAAUACUCCAAAGUUCAUCUCAAUACUCCAAAGUUCAUCUCACUACUCCAAAGUUCAUCUCACUACUCCAAAGUUCAUCUCAAUACUCCAAAGUUCAUCUCAAUACUCCAAAGUUCAUCUCAAUACUCCAAAGUUCAUCUCAAUACUCCAAAGUUCAUCUCAACACUCCAAAGUUCAUCUCAAUACUCCAAAGUUCAUCUCAAUACUCAAAAGUUCAUCUCAAUACUCAAAAGUUCAUCUCAACACUCCAAAAUUCAUCUCAACACUCCAAAAUUCAUCUCAACACUCAAAAGUUCAUCUCAACACUCAAAAGUUCAUCUCAAUACUCAAAAGUUCAUCUCAAUACUCCAAAGUUCAUCUCAACACUCCAAAGUUCAUCUUAAUACUAAUCAAUGUUAACUUCACCAAUUUUUAAUUCAUCCAAUAUUUCUCGACUAGGAGAGAUGGUGAGAUACCUGACCCAAAAUGGCGGUUAUGCUUAUUCGAAGUUGGGGGAAACAUAGGUACAAAAUGUUUUUAAUAUAUUAGGCUCAUUUUGCAGUCAAUUUUGCCAUAUCCUUUUCUUUCAAGGAUAGUCUUUUGUUCCCUCCAUUUGGUGCACAUAUUCUUCCGUUUAGGCUUCUUGUCCCAGCGUUCUCUCCCUUUGACAAGUCAGUCUUUAUUUAGAAAAGAAAUAUAAAAGUAAUGUUAAAAAAGGAAUAAAAUUGAAUUUAAUAAAUGUUCUUUCAGGUACAUUUUAAAAAAAGCCUUUACGCUACCUACUUGAAAUUAUAAGAAAUGGUUUCAAAUAUGCUGUACUAUAGGUUUGUGUCAUUGUUUCAGGGGAAAGAUGCCUGGGCGAUAAUGUAUUGGUCAGCAAUGUGUGUCAAGCCAAUCCCGCAGCAGCAUUUGUUGUGAAAGAAAAAGUUGGCCUGAAGCCGCCUUCAAGUAGUUAACACGGGAGUUAAGAGGGGUUUGAGGAUUUAUUUAACGGUUGUUGUUUUUAUAUAAGGGAGUACAGUCGGGAGUACAGUCGGGAGUACAGUCGGGAGUACAGUCGGGAGUACAGUCGGGAGUACAGUCGGGAGUACA